AAAAAAAGACUGAUACUAUGUUUCAAAUUCUUCAUCUUUGACAGUAACUAUGUUCUAAAAGGAUUUAUAGUAGAAAGGAGCUGGAGUUGUGCUGUGAGGAGUCUCGUAGUGUGAAAUGGCUGAAGCUGCGGUGGGUUGGGCAAUUAACAAGUUAGAUGUAUUGCUAACUGGAGAGCUGAAACUGCUGAGUGGCGUUCAUAAAGAGGUUGAAGAUGUGAAAGAUGAAUUGGAGAGUAUUGAAUCAUUCCUAAGAGAUGCAGACGCGAGGCUGUAUCAGGAGAACGUGGAUGGGCGAGUCAGGGUUUGGGUUAAACAAGUGAGACAAGUUGCUUUCCGAAUAGAAGAUACAAUUGAUGAAUAUGUGCUUCAUUUGUUGGGGCGUCGAAAUCAGCAUGGCUAUUUCAACAAUGUCACCGGCGUUGUGAAGAAUUUGAAACGUCGUCAUGGAUUAGCCUCAAAAAUAAAGGAUAUCAAGAAAUCAAUAGUUGAAAUAAGGGAGAGAAGUGAUAGAUACAGCUUCGACUUUACGUCAAAGCAAGGAAAUAGUGAUGGAAAUGGCGCAUGGCAUGACCCUCGAGUGCAUUCGUUUUUCGUUGAGGAAACUGAAGUUGUUGGUAUUGACUCUGUUAAAGCUGAAUUGAUAAGCAUAUUAGUAGAUGGAACUUCCGAAAAUGCAGCCAUCUCCGUGGUGGGAAUGGGAGGGCUAGGGAAGACAACUCUCGCCAGCAAAGUGUAUGAUUCUGAAAUUGUCGCCUUGCAUUUUGAUUGCAAGGCGUGGAUUACAGUGUCUCAAUCUUACAACACGGAGGAGCUACUACGGACCAUGAUAAGUCAAUUCCAAAGAGAAAAGACGUUGCCUGAUCUUGAAGGAAUCAACACAAUGAGAGAGAUACAACUGAUUGGUAAAUUGAGAGAAUAUUUAUCGCAAAAGAGGUACUUCGUGGUUUUCGAUGAUGUUUGGAGAAUUGAUUUGUGGGAAUAUAUAAAGAAUGCUUUACCUGAUUCUAAUAAAGGAAGUAGAAUCUUACUCACAACUCGUAACGAAGGUGCUGCCCCUUCUUCUAAUGAGUCUUCAUUUUACCAUAUCCUUAAACUUUCUCCUCUGCCUAAAAGAGAAGCUUAUGACCUUUUCUGUAAGAAGGCUUUCCAGUCAAAUGGCGGAAAUUGUCCAUCGGAACUCCAAGAGGUGUCUCGUGCCUUUGUCGAUAAAUGUGAAGGCUUGCCUCUUGGAAUUGUGACAAUUGGUGGUCUAUUGGCAACUAAGCAGAAGUCCGCUUUAGGAUGGGGAAAGCUUUAUGAUGGCCUUAGCUCAUUCCUGGCAAAUGAUCAACGUAUGUCAAAUAUAACCAAGAUUUUAUCUCUAAGCUACUAUGAUUUGCCUUGCUACUUAAAAUCUUGUUUUCUAUACUUGAGCCUGUUUCCGGAGGAUCAAUCCAUCAGCUGUUCAAGAUUAAUGCGACUGUGGAUAGCUGAGGGUUUCAUGGAAGAAAAGCAUGGCAGAACAACGGACGAGAUUGCUGAAGAAUACUUGACCGAGCUUAUUCAUAGAAGCCUUAUUCAAGUAGCAAGAUAUAGUAUUGAUGGUAAGGCUAGAGAAUGUAGAAUUCAUGAUUUGAUGCGGGAUACUAUUCUUUCUCAGUCGCGGGAGUUGGGUUUUCGUCAAGUUUCUACUGAGAAUUAUAAAAGUUUGAAGGGCAGAAGCCGACAUCUCUCAAUUGAUGACAGAAUAAAGAGUUUUGUUCAAAGUAGUAGCGAUUGUCAAACUCGUUCUGUCAUUCUUUUUGAGGUAACAACUGAAUUGCCAAAAUCACUUAUUAGCUCUUUCAUUGAAAAUUUUGAGCUUUUGAGAUUAUUGGAUUUCGAGGGAGCUCCUAUGGAUUGCAUUCCGAAGGAGAUAGGAACUUUAUGGCAUUUGAGAUAUUUAAGCCUAAAGUAUACCCGAGUUAAGACAUUGCCAAAGUCCAUUGGUAAAUUGAGCAACUUAGAGACCUUGGAUUUGAGAUGGUCCCUUGUACAUGAUCUUCCAGUUGAGAUCAACAGCCUGCUUAAACUGAAAUAUCUUUUGGCUCAUUCUUCUAAUUAUGAUGUUCCGUAUAAUCCCAAUUUCCGACGCGGUGUGAAGAUGCAAGGUAACAUUGGACGUCUAAAAGCAUUACAGAAGCUCUACUUAAUUGAAGUAGAUCACGACAUAGGCCUGAUUGGUGAACUACAAAGGAUGACACAAUUGCGAAAAGUUGGGAUAAAAAAAUUGAGAAGCGAAAACGGGACGGCUCUGUGUUCUGCUCUGGAAAAAAUGACUUGCCUUGAGACACUUCAUGUUUCUUCAGUAACUAAGGAGGAAUUCCUUGAUCUGCAAUCAAUGUCUGAUCCUCCUCCACAGCUCCGACGUUUGUACGUAAAUGGACGAGUAGGAGAGUUGCCACAGUGGAUUGGUAAACUCGCCUGUUUGGUUAAAAUUCAUAUGAAUUGGUCGAGGUUAGCAGAGGAUCCUUUGGCAGUUCUUCAAACAUUGCCGAAUCUUCUUAUUUUAGGGUUCUACGAAGGGUACGAUGGAGCGAAACUGCAUUUUAAGAAAGGAUGGUUUCGAAAACUCAAGCAGCUAUAUCUUCUUGGAUUGAGGGGACUAAAUGAAAUAAUAAUGGAUGAAGGAACAUUGCCUGUUAUGGAAAAGCUAAGGAUUGGACCUUGUCCAAACUUGAAAGAGGUACCAUGUGGUAUGCAUUUACUGAGAAAUCUCAAGUCUCUUGAAUUUACUGACAUAAGAAGAGAAAUUGCAGCUGCAAUUCAACAAAAUGAUGGUUAUGAAUAUGGUAAAAUUGAGCAUAUACCACUUGUUCUGUUUUGGUACAAGAUUAAAGGAGAAAACUACAAUUGCUACAAGCUUGGUGAUUCCGAGUUGGUCGAGCGCUUGAAGGGAGUCGAUGAAUUGUGUGAUAUUCGAGGUUAGGGAUGAUACUGUUUUGGAUAUGAUUUCUAAAAAAAUAAGUGGUUUUUUAUUUUCCAAAGAGAACAUGUUUGAUUGAAUGGUAAAUAAUGGAUAAAGGAUUUAUAGUCCAACUAGGCACCUAUGUGUCUUGCAACAUAUAAAUUUUAUACUACUGAAAUUUAAUCUCAA